CCAAACUCAAAUAACAAAAAAAAAAAAAGAAAUAAAAGCACGGCAUCUAAUACCCAUACUUUAAAAGAUCCAACAAAUUAAAAAAGCUUCCAGAGUUCUUUCGACUCCGCAACAAUGGCCGCCAUUGUCGGUCUCUUCACUCUUCUUCUUCUCCAUCUUCUUUUUACUCUCGUUUGUUCUCACUGCAUUGCCCGGCCGCCAGUGAUCUUUAAUUUCGGGGAUUCCAACUCCGACACCGGCGGCCUUGUCGCCGGACUUGGGUUUCCAGUUCUUCUCCCCAAUGGACGAUCCUUCUUCCGCCGAUCCACCGGCCGCCUCUCCGACGGACGUCUUCUCAUCGACUUUCUCUGUGAAAGCUUGAACACGAACUUGUUAAACCCUUACAUGGAUUCAUUAGCAGGAUCAAAUUUCAAAAAUGGAGCAAACUUUGCAAUUGUUGGAUCCUCCACUCUCCCCAAAUAUGUUCCUUUUUCUCUCAACAUUCAAGUCAUGCAAUUCCUUCACUUUAGAUCCCGAAUGCUCGAACUUCUUAACGGCAAUCUCGGUCAUGGUAAUUUGAUUGACGAUAGCGGUUUUAGGAACGCGUUGUACAUGAUCGACAUCGGCCAAAAUGACAUAGCUGACUCUUUUGCCAAAAACCUCUCGUAUUCCCAAGUGAUUAAUCUAAUUCCAUCAUUCAUUUCUGAAAUCAAGAAUGCUAUGAAGGCAUUGUAUGAUCAAGGAGGAAGGAAAUUUUGGAUACACAACACAGGACCAUUAGGUUGUUUACCUCAGAAACUCUCAUUGUUUCCCACGAAAGAUCUCGAUCGACACGGAUGCAUUUCCAGCUUCAAUGCCGCAGCGACAUUGUUCAACACAGCGUUAAAAAGUUUAUGUCAGAACAUGAGAAAUGAAUUAAAAGAUGCAAAUAUUGUCUAUGUUGAUAUCUACACUAUCAAAUAUAAUCUCAUUGCAAACUCUUCAUUAUACGGUUUUCCCAAUCCUCUAAUGGCGUGUUGUGGCGCCGGGGGACCUCCAUACAAUUACAACAUUAGAGUGACAUGUGGUCAGCCAGGAUAUGAAGUUUGUAAUGAAGAUUCAAAGUUCAUAAGUUGGGAUGGCAUUCAUUAUAGUGAAGCAGCAAACAAGAUUGUGGCUUCAAAAGUACUUUCAACAGCUUAUUCAACUCCACCUUUGCCUUUUGAUUUCUUUUGCCACAAUUGAUUUCAUUUCAUAUCAUUAAGAAACAACUUGUUUUUCGUUUUUAUCGGUUGAGUUCAUGUAUGUGUCGCUGCUUCACUUGAAACAAUUUUGGAGCCCAAUUAUAUAUUCUUUGCACAAU